GCGUGGCUGACGGAUGGGGGAGUAGUCUUUGCAGAGGCAUCCGUCAGCCAAUCAAAUCGCUUCCCGCUAACAACAACAAAGCCGGGUUCUUUCCGCUUCUUCCUGCUUGUUGUGUUACUUGUCAUUGCAAGAUGGAUCCCGUUGUAGCAAGGAUGGUGUUGGUUCAGGUUGCUGGUGCUUUGGUCCACCGACGUGGAAAGCAAGUGCAUCGGCGUUGGUGGGUUCACCCCAUUCUCCGGACACGCAACCAGAGAGGGGAGUAUCACGCACUUGUGCAGGAGUUGCGUCUGGAUGCUCUCCUUUUCCACCAAUAUUUUCGGAUGCCUCCGGACUACUUUGACGAGUUGCUUGGCAAGGUCGGUCCUCUCAUUACCGUGGCAGACACACAGUUUCGUUCUGCAAUUGGCCCUGCCGAGCGACUCGCCAUUUGCCUACGGUAUCUUGCCACUGGCGAUUCCUUUCACACGAUUGGCUUCAGCUAUCGUGUGGGCACUUCGUCAGUGUGUAGGAUAGUGCGGGAGGUAGCCAGUGCCAUCUGGACUGCUUUGGUGGAGGAGGAGAUGUCUGUUCCCAAGAGGGCGGACUGGAGCACCAUGGCCGAGCAGUUUGAGUGGCGCUGGAACUUCCCCAACUGCAUCGGAGCGAUUGAUGGGAAGCAUGUUGUGAUACAAGCUCCAGGUAACUCUGGCUCCUUGUAUUACAAUUACAAGGGCACCUUCUCCCUGGUCCUCCUCGCCGUAGUGGACGCCGACUACCUCUUCCGGGUUGUGGAUGUUGGAGGCUACGACAGGACGAGUGACAGCGGCUCCCUCCGUAACUCCGCGUUUGGGGAAGCUCUUCGCGAUGGCACCCUUGACCUCCCUCCCGCCCGCGUCAUCUCCGGCGCAGAGCAGCGGGGGCCACUUCCUCACGUGUUUGUGGGGGAUGAGGCGUUCCCACUCAUGACCCACCUGCUGCGGCCAUUCCCUGGACAACAUCACACUCAGGAGAAGCGAGUGUUCAACUACCGCCUCAGCCGGGCUCGUCUGGUAGUGGAAUGUGCCUUCGGGAUCUUGGCAUCUAGGUGGCGCAUGUACCGGCGCGUGAUUGGCACCAGUCCUGAGGUAGCUGAGGUGUGUGUGAGGGCCACCUGUGUGCUGCACAACUUUCUGGAGAGGAAGAAGCUGCAGGGGAGAAGACGCGGGGUGGAACCGAACAUCGAGCCAUCGACUGAUCCUGAAGCCCUGCGUGAUGCACCCAGGAUGGGCUCCAACAACGCCACCAGACUGACCAUCCAGAUGCGGGAGGCCUACUGUGCGUUCUUCAAUGAGGAGGGUGCAGUGCCGUGGCAGCCAAGAGCCUAG